GCCUCUGGCAAGUGGAGUUUUUAAAAAGCUGGAGCAGAUCAUGUCAUGACGACUUCGCUGCUCCUGCACCCGCGCUGGCCGGAGAGCCUUAUGUACGUCUAUGAGGACAGCGCGGCGGAGAGCGGCAGCGGCGGCGGCGGGGGAGGCGGCGGCGCGGGCGGCGCGGGGGGCGGCUGCAGCGGAGCGAGCCCCGGCAAAGCCCCGAGCAUGGACGGGCUGGGCGGCAGCUGUCCGGCCAGCCACUGCCGCGACCUGCUCCCUCACCCCGUGUUGGGCCGCCCGCCGGCUCCUCUGGGCGCCCCUCAAGGCGCCGUCUACACGGACAUCCCAGCCCCGGAGGCGGCGCGCCAAUGCGCCCCACCGCCGGCGCCCCCCACCUCGUCCAGCGCCACCCUGGGUUAUGGUUACCCAUUCGGGGGCAGCUACUACGGUUGCCGCCUGUCGCACAACGUGAACCUGCAGCAGAAGCCUUGCGCCUACCACCCGGGUGACAAAUACCCGGAGCCGUCGGGCGCCCUGCCUGGUGACGACCUGUCCUCCAGGGCCAAGGAGUUCGCCUUCUACCCCAGCUUCGCCAGCUCCUACCAGGCAAUGCCCGGCUACCUGGACGUGUCGGUGGUGCCCGGGAUCAGCGGGCACCCGGAGCCGCGUCACGACGCGCUCAUCCCUGUCGAAGGUUACCAGCACUGGGCUCUUUCCAAUGGCUGGGACAGUCAGGUGUACUGCUCCAAGGAGCAGUCGCAGUCCGCCCACCUCUGGAAGUCUCCCUUCCCAGACGUGGUUCCCCUACAGCCAGAAGUGAGCAGCUACCGGCGCGGGCGCAAGAAACGGGUGCCCUACACCAAGGUGCAGCUGAAGGAGUUAGAAAAGGAGUAUGCAGCCAGCAAGUUCAUCACCAAAGAGAAGCGCCGGCGCAUCUCAGCCACCACGAACCUCUCGGAGCGCCAGGUCACCAUCUGGUUCCAGAACCGGCGGGUGAAAGAGAAGAAGGUGGUCAGCAAAUCGAAAGCGCCUCAUCUCCACUCCACCUGACCGUCCACCCGCCCGCCCCGUCUAUUUAUGUCUUAUGUCGUCGCUUUGUACGGAAUCCACCCGAAGGACGCUGCACCGGUGCAGACCACUAUUUAAUCUUACCGAGAAAGAGGAACAGCACGCCCGCGCUCUGCCUUACCCUACUCCCCACCCCAUCCCCACUUUCAACCCCCUCCAGACAGCACCCCCUCAGCAUCCACAGCUGGGGAGGUGGGUUUGGAUGAGCGGAAGGAAGACUGUCUGCCUCUACACCCCUGGUCUUCAUGGUUUGUCCCACUAGAAUUCUGAGUGGCCAGGAAAGCCCAGUCAUUCCUACCAAAGCAGUGCUGCGGGAUUCCAAAAGACUCAGUUCUUGCCUCUUCCUGUGCCUUGGCUUGUGGGAGACCCUCCUUCCGGGGCGCAUGGGCACAGGAUCUGGGGAGCUCUUGCAUUCUUUCCUCUUCCCCCAUUUUACUAUCGCUCCUGCACUCUAUAGGCAAGGUUUCCCAGUUACGAUGUUUCUGUGCAUCUUUUAAAAGUCGUGUUAAUAUUGAUGAUAAUCCUUAGGGUCUGGCAGCGUGAUUGGAAUUGAGACAGUGCUUGAAGCUUGUAGAUUUUCUUUUUUGUUUCUGUCGGUCUCAACAAAAGCUGGACUUGGUGCAGCCCCCAGCCACAUCACAUCCUGACCCAGAAAUGAUUUCCCAGGAGGUGCCUUUGACCCCCACUGCCUCCUCUGCUUUGCACUCUCAGUCCUGUGGAAAUCCAAGGGGGACAAAAACCUCCAGCCACAAUACUAAGUGCGGCUGCUGUCUCUCUUUCUCUCUCAUGGUAAGGUUGGGAAUUAGACCAGGCUUAGAAUCAGAACUUUUAUAAACUUUAAAGGAGAUGGAGGGUGGGUCCCUCAGAAGAUCUUCUGUGUUGUCUCCACAUAAGCAAUAGCAGAUAUCGGAGAGACCACACACUUUCAUUUUUACUGAUUUCCUAAGGGUAGCUUGAGGAGCUGAUCAAGGAGGCUGAAAUCACUGGCUCUGGAUAAACCAGCUAAAUGUAGAUGCUGCCUAAUUUCUCCCUCCUUAAAAGCCAACUUGGUGCUGUGGGGGCCCCUUCACCUCCUCCCUUCCCACUAGCUCAUUACAAAACAGUGUUCUUUUGAAAUGCCCAUUCGAAAUAGGCUCUUUUUUUAAUGUUGUGUAUCUGUAUAUAGUAUUGUGAUGUCUGAAUGACAAUGUAUUGAAUGCAAAGAAGAAAAAACCCACAAACUUGUUUUUAAAAUAAAAUAUCCUUUUGUUUUUGGCCUUGA